AUGCCCACACUCUUUUACAUCCUCAUACUUCUCUCAUACUCUCAUUCAAUUACCACAUCUCAAUCCCUUUGUUUAGAAGCUCUCACUCCUUGCGUCCUAACCGCAUCAGACGGGGGCAUCGUGCAAGCAUACUGCGAAGAAACCAUCACUCCUUGCGUCUUGACAGCCUCGAACGGCGCCAUCGUUCAAGCUUACUGCGAGCCGAGUUGGAUUAGCCAGCCAUUCGCCAGCAUCACUGGCAUUCCAGCCCUACAGAAUACAACCGAGACGACUGCACUUUUCCAAAUUCUUGGGACUAAUUCACAUACAGUGAGUAAAGCGUUAUUCGCGUUGAGGUUACAGUAUUUUGAGCAUUUACAGACAUCCUAUAAUGGAAGGACAAAAACCGCGACAUCUCUCUCGGCCGCGAGUACGGAAUCUCCCCCUUUACCGAGUCCAAAUCCUUCUACUAGUUCUAGUACAUCUUUCUCAUCUACGAACAUUACCAUCUCGCCUCUGGCGAGCCCACCACCGACUGCUGCAAGAACUUCAUCGCAGCCCGGUGCACAGGCAUCCCCUACCGCCGCCUUCCUCGCAAGUACUGCACUUGCCGCAGGUCCUUACUGCCUAGCCAACGCGGAUCCCGAUUACAGCGAAGGAGCCUUCUGCACCUGUUCGGACGGAAACACAUACACAGUUCAAACGCAAGGGUCAACGCCCGCUUCGCUAUUCAACCCCUGCCCGUACACGUCUGGAUCUACACCGCAAACAACGAUAGCUCCCAAACUCUCAGACUGUGAAUUCGACAGUCCGGUGAAUUGCAGCACGACGACCGAUCUCAACAUCCAAUCAAUCAUCAACCAGGCGAACUCGACCUACGUCCAGGAAGAAAUCUCCAACUGCAGUACCUUUACCGCCCGGGCCGGCUACCCGGGAGUCAACGGUGCCGCCAACGGCGACAGCUGCAUCGAAUACUUCAAUAUCACCUCGCACAUGCUGUGGUGGUGGGGCGAGAACAGCGAUCAUUGCACCAACGACCUGAACGUCGGCUUCGCCAACUGUUUCUACGACCUGACCUGGGACGGCAACUCGAACUGCUCCGACCUAUCCUCGAACUGGUACUGCGCGGAGCCGAACAUCACCUACUUCUCCGGGGCGAACCAGACCCUCGACUUCUACGUCGCCUGGAACAUUUACAACUACGCCACCUGGUCCUUCGCCUACUACACCGCCAUGCAGUACGCGUACAGCUACACGACGGCCAUGAUCUGGAACGACACACUCGCCUUCGAGCAAAUCAAAGGCUCCUUCCCACUCGCAGAGGAGAUCCUACUCGGCGUCUUGACGUUCGCCCUCGGCGUCAUCAGCCCCAGCGGCUGGGGCAAGACCUUACCCGGAGAAGGAGGGGCCGUCGCCGUGAAUAACGCGGUUGAAGAGGGAGCGAACGCAGCUGCAGAAUCCGCGCGAAUGAGCGCCUGGAUUCUGUCCAAGAUCUUUACCCCCGAGGUACCUGGCGAGUACCUCCUGCGCGCGGGCCAGCAAACGCCAGGUAUUAUUCACACGAUCCUGGUGCCGGCGGAGUCCGGAACCAUCAACGCCGCCAUCAUGACCUCGGCCGGACUGACGGCGCAGCUGGCGAAUUUCGCCCAAGCGCUGUCGCAGAUAAUUGAAGACGUGGCGGUCGAUGUACCGGACAACGUCACCGCCUUCGCCGAGUGGACAGCCGGAGGCUACUAUUUCGUCGAGCCGCUCAUGACGGAGCAAGACAUGGUCAGCUACAUCAAAUGGGGUCUCAACACGUACGUCCUGUCGCAAAUCCUGCAAAACGACAACGUCUUCAUCACGCGGCAAGUCGACACGAACCCGUACGACCUCCAACACAACGCGAGCGCCAACACUUUGUCGAAGCCGAGCAUCAUAGGCUGCGAGUACGGGUACAACGACUGGAACCAAUGCGGCGCCUUCUGGUGGGACUCGACGAACAACGUCGCCUACGCGCUCUCCUCCGCGAACGACAUCUGGAACAACUACUCCUCCGACCUGACCACCGUUUUCAACAACAACCUCACGACGCCUGAGCUCCUGUUCCUCGGCUCGCAAGCAUGCCAGGACGGCUACAACGCCACGGCCGACGCCUCGCCCUUUCAGAAUGCCGCCAGCGGGCUCGUGGGCCAGGACACGGCCUGUUUGAGCAACCUGGCCGUUUGCACGUGGAACCUGGCGAAUGAUACUUGGGAAUUUGUGGAGCCAUGGUGCAACACAGGUGGCUACUUUCAACCCGACUACGAUUUUAAUGACUGUGCGGGCGACGGGGUGGAUGUGGCGAUAGGGUAUCUUGGGUGGUAUUUGUGGAAUGCCGCGACUUGUGAAAGUGAGGAGUAG